GCCAAAAUCAUCAUCACCCAUUAAAAAAAAUCUCAACGGUGGCAUCCAUCAGCUCCGCGGACAGCAGAAGCCGACGCGCACAGGCAGCAGCGCCAGACCACGCGAGCGCAGCCAAAGGAAGGAAAAUGGCCACGGCCCUCUCCCUCGGCGGUGCCGGCGCCGGCGCCGCCGGCCACCUCCUCCGCAGGCGCCCCGCCUCCGUGGCCAGGUGCUGCGCCGCGCCCCGCCGCAGCUCCCCCUCGCGCCGCCGGGCCCCGACGCGGCGCCUGGCCGCCUCGCGCGCGGACGACUCCUCGCCGGCGCCCUUCGAGAUGACGGUGGAGGGCGCGCUCAAGCUGCUCGGCGUCGCCGAGGGCGCCUCCUUCGACGAGAUCCUCCGCGCCAAGAAGGCCGUCGUCGCCUCCUGCAAGGACGACCCGGACGCCGUCGCCCAGGUCGAGGUUGCCUAUGACAUGCUGCUAAUGCAGAGCUUAUCGCGCCGGAGGGCUGGCAAGGUUGUCGAUAGCAGCGUCCGCUACGCCGAUGUGAAACCUGUCAAGACUGCAGGAACAGCACCGCAAUGGAUGCAGUCAGCCAUGAAGAACGUGCCUCUCACAUUGGAGGCCCCAGCUUCGAGCAGCUUGGGCAUCCAGUCGUCCAUUUAUGGUGCGCUGAUGGUUUUCACAUAUGCUAGUGGAACCUCUACGUCUUUACCAUCAGCGUACACUAGCCCUGAUGUGCCUGGAUUUAUCCUAGCAACAGGAUUCGGUGCUUCAUUGUAUUUUCUGUCCAAGAAAAACAUGAACUUAGGUAAGGCCGCAUUGAUCACCGUCGGGGGGCUGGCAGUCGGUGCGACGGUCGGGUCCGGCGUGGAGAGCUGGCUGCAGGUUGACAUUGUGCCCUUCCUGGGCAUCCACUCCCCCGCGGUCGUCGUCACCGAAUUCAUUCUCUUCUCGCAAUUGUUGGUGUCGCUGUUCGUUAGGUAGGGUCUGUGGGCAAGCUAAGCUGUCAGCUGGCCUUGUAACUGACUGAAAAAUGGUGCAUCUUUUCCCCAGAAGAUGCAAAAAGCAGCUGUGUAUAGCAAAAACAGUACUACAGCGGGGAUCUAAGUCCCUUGUACUUCAAUCAUCACUUGUAUCUAGCCUUUUUCUCCAUUGUCCAACCCGAUUUCAUUUGUCGGUUU